CUUUCUCAGCUUCUCCAAAGAGAGACAAGAGAGGAGCGACGACAGGGAUGGCCGCCUCGCUCCUCAUCCCGCUUCACAUCCGCUACAUCCAGACGCUGGCCUCGCACACCUCGUCUCUCACCUACCACCUCACGACGCACCUCCGUCUCAACGCAAUCUACUGGGCCGUCACUGCGCUGCACCUGCUCAAUGCGCCCAAAGAUGCCCUGCCGCGCGAUGAGGUCGUCGACUACGUCUUGUCCUGCUUUGACGAGAGCAGGGGCGGCUUUGGCAGCCACACGGGUCACGAUGCACACAUUCUCAGCACGCUGAGCGGGAUACAGGUGCUGACGAUCUACGACGCCCUUGACCGGCUUCAAGACAAGCGAGAGCGCUUGAUCCAGUACAUUCUCUCGCUGCAAGAACCCGUGACGGGUGCAUUCGCAGGCGACGACACACACCUCGAAUACGACACCCGCUUCCUGUACUGCGCCAUGCAGGCUCUGGCUCUGCUGAGCACCUGCCCCCCUUCCUCCUCCUCCUCGUCGCCGUUGCCGCCGGUGCAGCUUCCGAGUGGAGUGACCCUGCGCGACCCGUUAACCCGCCUGGACCGCAAAAAAACCAUCGGCGCCGUGCUCGCCAGCCGCAACUUUGACGGCGGCUUCGGCACGGGCCCCGGCGCCGAGUCGCACGCCGCGCAGACGUUUCCCUGCAUCGGCGCCCUCAACAUUCUCGACGGCCUUGAUGAACUAGCACGCACGGACCAAGACAGGCUGGCGGCCUGGCUCGCCGAUCGGCAGCUGCCCAACGGCGGGCUCAAUGGCCGGCCACAGAAGCUCGAGGACGUCUGCUACUCCUGGUGGGUGCUCUCCAGCCUCUCGAUGCUCGGCAAGCUGCACUGGGUCAAUGGCGACAAGCUCUCGCACUUUAUCCUCAGCGCUCAGGACCCGGAAAACGGCGGGAUAGCAGACCGUCCGGACAAUGUCGCAGACGUCUUCCACACCCUCUUUGGCGUUGCCGGCCUGAGCCUGCUCCAGGUCAAGCCGCACGCAGACGGCUUAGCCAACGUCGACCCGGUGUACUGCUUGCCUGUAGAUGUGAUGAAGCGUCUCGAUGGCCUGGCCAGACCAUAUCAACGCUCGCCGUCAGAGCGGGACAUGAAUAGAUGAUGAAAUUGAAUGUAUCAAAGGGUAUCAGAAAGAUUGAAGUGAAUGCACAUAGAU